UAGAUGUCUUAUAGGUGAACUGUUACCAAACACGGCGUACGUGCGUGUAUCGGUUUGCGCUGCGGACACACGCUAAUCCGACGUCGUUGCAUGCGGGUGGAUUUUCUUCGCACGUUCGCAGUUGACUCUGAGCAUCAGAAGCUUGAUACGAGGAGGUACAAAAUGCUGCGAUUUCUCAUGCUAUGCUGCCUGGUCGGCACAUACCCCCGGGCGAGUGCAGCGCUCGACUUUCUGUCGUCUGCCGGUGAAAGUCCGUCGCCUUCGGUAGAGGCAGAAUGCAUUCAUACAGAACCAACAAGGCGGGCUGAACGGUAUACAUUCGUCGGCGGGCGGAUUUGGCUCUGCCGGUCCGUUCGGCGGCGGAUUCGGACAACAGACGAAACUUUCCGGAUUCCGAGUUUCCAAUCGGGGCGGGUUAUCGCAUCAUCAGCCGCUAGGAGGUUACUCCGGAUCGUCUCCGAUAGGGAUUGGGAGGGGUACUCCCGACCAGGGUCAACAGACGCUGGGAGGUUACUCUGGGGCGUCCUCCAUAGGGCUUGGAGGGUUCUCCCGACCAGGAAUACAGGCACCGCUCGGCGGGCACCAGGAGCCAAAUUCGGAGGCUAUUCUACGCUCCGGGAACCAACAUUUGGAGGUUAUUCCACGCACCAGGAACCAAGAUUUGGAGGUUACUCAGCGCACCAGGACCCGAGGUUUGGCGGAUAUUCCUCGCAGCAGGGUCUAGGGGGAUACCAGGGACGUGGAUUCGGAGGCGUUACCUCGCAACUCGGUCCAUCCAUCGGCCUUAGCAACAACGACUUCCUCCAGGCGUCGCCGUAUCGCGAACACUCGAUCGGAUUCGGGACAAACAACAUACAGGAUCUGUCGUCGGGAUCCGGGGGACCGCGAUCGUACGGCGUUCCACGCGGCGGUCCCUACCGCGGUCUUCCGUCUACUCACAACGCAGAUUACCCAUCGGCGCGCAGGGGCAAGGGAGACUCUAACGUCGUCACGACCGGGUUUGUAACGGAGUACGGUUACGAGGAGCAUCCGAGCCACGACGCGGGCGAGCCGACGUUUAAACACGACCCCAACGCCCCCUUGCCGCAUCCCAGCACGAACAGAGGUAAGUACGUCGGCGGAAACCCGGAAGAAGCGCGCCUCGGGGAACGUCUCGACUUCCGGCGGCCAUUUUUCGUGAACCGCGCUCCCCUGCUGGUGGCGCCAUCCUCGGACGUCGCUGAGCUUCUGAACUUGAUUAGCGAUGACCAACAACAACCUCCGUUUCAGAUCGUGGAGGAAAUUUCAAGGGUUAGAGAAACCGACGACGACGAUGAUGAUGCCGACGACGACGACGACGACGAUGGCCAACCAAAACAAACAUCGAUUACGGGUCCCGAAAAGAUAAACGAGGAGGAAGAGGAGGAGGAGGAGGAGGAGGAGGAGGAGGAGGAGGAGAUGGUUGCGACUGGUUAUACCUGGCAACGAGGCAACCUACAGGGAUACGGUCCAAACGAAGGCGUUGCUACUCCUUCCAGAAGAACAUACGACUAUAUCGUCAUCCAAGGCCCCGAAGGCCCCCGCUUGCAUUACAAUAUAGUUAGCAACGCACCAAGAAGACAAGGCGUUGAGACGGUAGUAGGCGUUAACCCUGCGCGGGAAAGUCAGCCGCCAACAAUAGCUUUAGAACCAUCGUCGAUUAGAAGCCCAUCGGAGUCCAUAGCAACGCAGUCCAAUUAUCAUAAUCAGAACGACGGGAAAGAUGAUGUCACGGAACAACCUGCUGUUCUUUAUGUUCCGUCGCUGUCUACGGCAGAAGAUGCUGAUAAUUUUGAAGAUAAUUAUGGACCGGUCGAGGAAAAUGCGGAAAUUGUAGAAAUGCCAUUUGCUGGUGUUCCAUCAGGAGAUGCUGUUGAAAUUGAAGAAAUCGAGGAGCCGGGAGAAGAUGAUGUUAUAUACUUACCUACCGUCGACGUUGCGUCGCCGACGACGGGAGAUGAAGUUUCAGCAUCUGUAGAAGUGAAUGAGAGAAACGACGACAUCGUGGAUCUACCCCCUGCACCAUCGUUCACCAUGGACACCGCUGAAUUCGAACAACUCCUAGAGAUGACCGAAGGAAACGGCGACAUCAUCGACCUGCCCCCGAUCGCUGGUCCACCGUCCGACAUCAAUCCGCUAUCAUACGACGACAUGGACCCGACGGUCGAUACGUCGCAGGCACCUGGUGACUACGGCAACCAGCCGUUACAGGCUAUUGUCUACUCGCAAGGCCCCGUGCACAACUCGCAUCAGCGGGAGAGCGUCGUUAGCACGGGCAAGGUGUGGAAGAAGGGAACCAUCUACCGAUCCGACGGCAGCGGUGACAAUGUCGAGGUCAGCAUGACGCCGUUUGGCGACGAGGUCAACUUUGUCAUCAGGAAGGACCAACGCGACCGCCAGCCGCAGGUGGAGUAUUACCAGGAGUCACGUAAGGAGGUCGGACACGAACCGGACAGCGGCUACGGCCGGUCGGACGGUUCCCCUGGACGGUCGCAUAACGGCGGAUUCGGCGGCAGCGGGGAUCACUCGUUUGGGGGUCACGGCGGGGGAUACGAACCCGGAUUCGGCGCCCGCCAUCACGAUCCGGUCGGAUUCGGUAGCGUCUACGGUGCCGUCGGAUCUCCUCACGGAUCGGACGGUUACGGACCGUUCGGCGGUCGCGGCUAUAGCGGGUAUGGCGGACCGGGAGCGUUCGGUGGGUACAGGAGCGGUGCGGGGCACCACGCGGGCCACAGCGCGCAGUACAACCCUAACGGUUACAGCAGCGUGUACGGGGCAGUGGGCACGGGCGUAGACCAGCUAGGUGCGUUCGGUAUUAGGAGAUACGACGGCCAGGUUGGAGGGCAUUCGGGAGGCAUCCAUCACGGAGGUACGGGGGGAUACGGUCGACCCAUCGGAUAUCGUGGGUACGGUGGGGGUCGUGGGGGUUAUGGAGGUUUGGGUGGAGGUUAUGGAGCCAUCGGGGGUGGAUAUGGAGGCGUAGGAGGCGGAUAUGGAGGCGUAGGAGGCGGAUAUGGAGGCAUAGAGGGAAGUCACGGUGGAUAUGGCGGUCUUGAUGGAGGUUAUGGGGGCAUAGGUGGACAUGGGGGUAUCGAUGGGGGAUAUGGGGGCAGAGGAGGUAGCAAUGGCGGUCUUGGUGGAGGUUAUGGGGGCAUAGGUGGGCAUGGUGGUAUUGGCGGGGGAUAUGGGGGAAUAGGAGGUAGCCAUGGCGGUCUUGGUGGAGGUUAUGGGGGCAUAGGUGGACAUGGGGGUAUUGGCGGUGGAUAUGGGGGAAUAGGAGGUAGCCAUGGCGGUCUUGGUGGAGGUUAUGGGGGCAUAGGUGGACAUGGGGGUAUUGGCGGUGGAUAUGGCGGGCCAUUAGCGCUGGAAGAGUGCGUAUUUGCGAGGGAAUCGGGGUAUUAG